GGUGAACGCCAUUUUCGGUGGUUUCGUGGGUUGAAACAAAAAACAAGCAGAGUAAAGGAGAAAAACCAAAAGCCAAGUUUCGACCAUCUUUUUUUUUGCCUUGAUUUUCUCCUUUUUUAUUAGGUCCCCUGCGCUUCGCUCGGAUCUCAAAUCUUCUAUCCUUCAUCUCCUCAUUCAGGCUUCGGCUCGAUAUCGGGAUCCCUGAGCUUAAACUUGCUUCUCCGUUUUCUCCCCCAUUUGGCUCUCGAUCGUCCGAAUCCAGAUUUCCUCUUCACAUUCCCUUGUUUUAUCGAUGAUUAUGUGAAUUGUGUUGCUGUUCCAAAUUUCUGGAUUACCCUUUUAAUUGUAUCCUAAGAAACCACCAUGGCAUUAGCAGCUCAGUUAAACCGGGGAAUCUCCCGCCAGUUCUCUACCGGGUCAAUAAAACGGAGUUUCAGCCGCCAGUUCACGCGGCAGACAUCGCUGGACCCUCGGAAGAACAAUCAAAGAUUCAGCUUUGGUCGGCAGUCGUCGCUGGACCCAAUUAGGCGGAGUCCCCUCCACGAUGAUAUGGCGGUGCCGGAAAACCUUGACGCGACCAUGCAGCUGCUCUUCAUGGCGUGUAGAGGGGAUGCCAAAGGAGUGGAAGAUUUGUUGAAUGAAGGCGUUGACGUGAAUAGUAUUGAUUUGGAUGGCCGUACUGCUUUGCAUAUCGCUGCUUGUGAAGGUCAUGUUGAGGUUGUUAAGCUGCUUCUUGUUAGGAAGGCUAAUAUUGAUGCCCGUGACCGUUGGGGUAGUACGGCAGCUGCGGAUGCGAAGUACUAUGGAAAUAUGGAUGUCUACAAUAUUUUGAAGGCCCGUGGAGCCAAAGUUCCUAAAAUCAGGAAGACGCCAAUGGCAGUCACAAAUCCUCGAGAGAUUCCAGAGUACGAGCUUAACCCAUUGGAGCUUCAAGUUCGGAAGUCUGAUGGUAUAACAAAGGGAUCAUAUCAAGUUGCAAAAUGGAAUGGCACGAAGGUAGCUGUAAAGAUACUAGAUACAGACAGCUUUUCAGACCCUGAGACCAUAAAUGCUUUCAAGCAUGAGUUAACUUUACUAGAAAAAGUUCGACAUCCUAAUGUGGUUCAAUUUGUUGGAGCUGUUACACAAAAUUUUCCCAUGAUGAUUGUUUCAGAGUAUCAUCCAAAAGGUGACCUGGGAAGCUAUCUUCAAAAGAAAGGGCGUCUAUCACCAUCCAAAGCUUUAAGAUUUGCUCUUGAUAUUGCCAGGGGAAUGAAUUACCUUCAUGAAUGUAAACCAGAGCCAAUUAUACACUGCAAUUUAAGGACAAAAAAUGUUUUGAUGGAUAAUGGAGGUCAAUUGAAGGUAUCUGGAUUCGGUUUGUUAAGAUUGACACAAAUAUCACCUGACAAGGCAAAAUUAGCACAUCCAGACUAUUAUGUUGAUCCAUCAAAUGUAUAUGCAGCACCAGAGCUUUAUAAAAAUUUGGUAUUUGAUCGGAGUGUUGAUUCGUAUUCUUUUGGUGUCAUUCUAUAUGAGAUGAUUGAAGGAGUAGUGCCUUUUCAUCCCAAGCCUCCUGAAGAGAUUUUGAAAUUGAUGUGUUUAGAAGAGAAGAGACCACCAAUUAAGACAAAAUCAAAAAGUUAUCCUCCAGAAUUAAAAGAGUUAAUUGAAGAAUGUUGGCAUACAGAAGCUGUUGUUAGACCAACUUUUUCAGAGAUCAUUGUACGAUUAAACAAAAUAGAUGCCAACUGCUCAAAACAAGGGUGGUGGAAAGAUGCUUUCAAGCUGCCUUGGAAAUAAGGGGAGGGAAAAUGGAGAAGCGGAUGAAGAUUUUGAGGGAAUUUCAAUCUCGGGUUUUUGAAGCUUCAUCUUAAAUAUUAAAACGUACAAAAUCCGGUUGAAAUUAUUAAAAGAAGUGACCUUCACUUUCCCUUUCUUUCCGUCAAUGAGCUGAAAUAGUUCCUUCUUAUGUAUGAAUACUGUGUGAAAAAAGUAGCCACAAAUUGAAAAUUGCAAAUCAAGAGAAUGGCAUCGACAAUAAAAUUGUAGUUUUAGUUU